GUAACGAUUAUAGCGACUUCCGGUUGUAGUGUCAUGUUCUUGAUUGAAAAGUGUUCUAUGUCAGCUUUCAAGAAGUAAAACAAAAUAAUCCAGCCAGAAUGUCGUAUAUGUUACCUCAUCUCCACAAUGGCUGGCAAGUGGACCAGGCCAUUCUCUCAGAGGAAGAUCGUGUUGUUGUCAUCCGGUUUGGUCAUGACUGGGAUCCCACCUGCAUGGUUAUGGAUGAAGUACUUUAUAAAUGUGCUGAAAAAAUCAAAAACUUUGUUGUAAUCUAUCUUGUAGACAUUACUGAAGUUCCUGACUUCAACAAGAUGUAUGAGUUAUACGACCCCUGCACGGUCAUGUUUUUCUAUCGUAAUAAGCAUAUCAUGAUUGAUUUAGGGACUGGUAACAACAAUAAGAUAAACUGGGCCUUAGAAGAUUGUCAGGAAUUCAUUGAUAUUGUUGAGACUGUGUAUCGAGGGGCAAGAAAGGGACGUGGUCUUGUUGUCUCACCAAAGGAUUAUUCUACUAAAUACCGUUAUUAAAACAUUUUUUAAUUAACUGAUGAAAGAGAAGUAAUUCCUUGGUGUGUCUGGAACAAGAAUCCCUUUCCAUCUUGUCCUCAUUCAUUUGACUGUUCUCUCAGCUGGGUUUAACAUUAAUUGGACAUGAAACAUUGCAGGUGGUUUCUUUAUUUUUUUCUUUCACAAAUUUACCUCUAUUUCUAUUUUAUUCCAUUAUAGCAUCAAGUUAUCAGUAUUCUUAUGAGUUUCAUCAGGUCUUCAAAUGACCUGAUUACUUAAAAAAAGUCAACUAAUUGGUACUGAUAGACAUAUUUUUUUAAUGGGUUGUAUCUAUUAUUUCAAGAUAGCAGGGGUGAGAUACGUUUUAUGAAAUUGUAUAUUAUUAAAGCAAAUACUUUUACAGCUGAAUGUUACAAUUUUCUUUUAUGGCUUAUUGAUGAAGUAAUUUAAAGUUUAUGUUCUAUGAACUUCAUUUUGUGUAUCUUUGUCCUGCACUGAGUUUGAGUUUAUUCAUCCAACAACACUCUUCAGACAGUCAUUUCUAGGCUCAACUCAAAUUUUUUUUUUUUUCUAAUGCAGUGUUUCAAUGUUCUUAUCACUCUACCAUGUCACUUAUCCUGUUUUAUACAUACAAAUGUGUGUAUAUAUAUAUAUAUACAUAUUCUUACAUACAUACAUAUAUAUAUAUAUGGCUGAAAACAGGUACAAGACCAUACUUGAAUGAUUAGCAAUAAGAAAGGACUCAACUAUUAUUGUCUGAAUAUUAGACUCCUUUUUCAUGUGAUGUCUUAUUCUUCAUUUCUUAGUUUCUUCCUUAGCAGGACAUCACAUGAAAAAGGUGUUUAAUAACCAGACAAGGAUAGUUGUGUCCUUUCUUAUUACUAAUCAUUCAAGUAUGUUUUUGUACUUGUCCUCAGCCAAGCUGAAUGAGUCAAAAAACGCUUUGUGCCCUAUCUAGGGUUACAACAUAAUAUAUAACAAUGUGACCUCAAAGCUACUAUUCCAGCAACUAAUUAUUAUUUAUUUGGUGGAUUCUAGUUUUAUACUAGGUGUACUUUGAUGUUAUAUGUGUCUACAUUUGAUAAUUGAAAUGGAUGCAAAAUUCUGAUCAGUCACUUUUUGGUUUGAAAUGUCUUAAGGAAUUGCAUUGAAUAUUAGCUUUGAUGAUCAAAGGUUGCUAUAGCUAUAAUAGUGUUAUGGAUGUGCACUCAGUUAUGGUUGAGUGGUCAAUUGCAGAAAGAAGAAUCCUUUACAAAGGCUGAAAAGAAGCUAUCGUUCCAACAAUGAAAAUGUUCAAAUGUACUAAAACAAGUCUGUCUAUAAAUGAAAUAAAUUGUAAAAUAAUGCUCGUCUGAA